AUGAUAUCGUUAAUUAUAAUUCUCAUUUCGUUUGCCUUCAACUUUGUUUCUUCCUUAAAGUUUGAUUACCAAGAAAUCGAAUACAACUUGAACGAGAACAAGACAGCUUCGAACCCUCUCGAAUAUUGGGGGGAAUGGCCAAAUCACAGUUACCAACCGUCACCCUCGAAUUGGCGCUUUCCAUUUUACACUCUUUUUCUCGACCGCUUUGUGAAUGGGGAUCCAAGCAACGAUGAUAUUAAUGGAACAGUAUUUGAACAUGAUGUAAUGAGUAAUCAGUUCAGACAUGGUGGAGAUAUAGCGGGUUUGGGUAUUUAUAUCGCGGGAUCCCCGUUUGUGAACCUUCCAUGGAAAGCAGACAGUUAUUCGCGAGCUGCAGUCACAGAGAUCCACAGCCGUGGAAUGUAUGUUAUACUGGACAAUACCAUGUCAACCAUGGGCGACCUGAUAGGUUUCAAAGGAUUUGAGAAUGCUUCAGCACCGUUUAGCCCAACUGAAUACCAAGUGGAAUGGAAAAGCGAUCGGCAUUACCUCGACUUCGACUUCGGAAACACGUAUAAUGCAAUCUGCCAAUAUCCUAGAUUUUGGGACGAGUCCGGCUUUCCUGUUACAAAAUCUACUGAUCCCAAUGUUGCUCAAUUGAGGGGAUGUUAUGACAGCGAAUUCGAUCAAUAUGGCGACGUCGGGGCUUUUGUCGCCGUUCCAAUCUGGCACCGCCAGCUCUGCACUUUCUCCUCUGUUCAAGAUCGCCUCAGAGAAUGGGUCCCGUCCGUUCGCCAAAAGAUCGAGCACUUUUCAUGCCUUCUAAUCACCAUGCUCGAUAUCGAUGGGUUCCGGAUUGACAAAGGGGCUCAAGUUACGGUCGAUGCCCUAGCCGACUCCGGAGAAUUCAUUCGACAGUGUGCCCGUCGUUUCGGGAAGACAAACUUCUUUAUUUCAGGGGAGAUAACAUUUGGCGAUACCUUGGGAUCAGUUUAUCUCGGCCGCGGAAGACAACCUGACCAGGUUCCCGAUAAUCCCGGCCAAGCAGUGAGUGCGGCAAACUUUUCGGACAGCAGCUUCUUCCUUCGCAAUAAGGACAAGAAUGCUUUCGAUGCGGCAGCCUUUCACUAUAGUAUCUACCGAUCACUUACGAUUUUCCUGGGCAUGGAAGGCAAUUUGACAAUUGCAUACGAUGUUCCGACAAACUUCGUGGAUGCCUGGAACAUAAUGCUCGCAACAAAUGAUCUUGUAAAUGCCAAUACAGGAGAGUUUGAUCCGAGACACAUGUAUGGUGUUACAAAUCAGGAUGUCUUUCGCUGGCCAGCUAUCAAGGACGGAACAAAAAAGAUGCUUCUCGGGUUGUUUAUCACUACUCUCCAUAUGCCAGGCAUUCCUCUAUUACUCUGGGGUGAGGAGCAAGCCUUCUAUGUCCUCGACAGUACCGCCGACAACUAUAUAUAUGGCAGACAGGCGAUGUCAUCGAGCCCAGCCUGGCAAAUUCAUGGCUGUUAUGGGCUGGGAUCAUUUCAAUACUACAACUUCUCCGUCGAUUCAGCAUUGCAUGGCUGCCAUGAUGACUCGGUCAGCUUGGAUCACAGAGACCCGGCACAUCCGAUUCGGAAUAUCAUCAAAUCCAUGUAUCACGCUCGACUGAGCAACCGGUAUCCUGUUCUCAACGAUGGCUAUCUAUUGCAGUCUCUUUCUAAUCAGUCUCGGGAUAUCUUCCUCCCUGGAUCAAGCGGUGCAGCCACAGAAAUUGGCAUUUGGAGUGUCAUGCGUUACCAGUACCCAAACUUACAAAAAUUGGACGAAUCUGGUGAAAGCCAACCGAUCUGGCUAGUUUACCAGAAUGACGACCACAGAGUCAAAUACUCUUUCAACUGUUCUUCGAACGAAACUGCAUUCAUUGCUCCCUUCCCUCAAGGAACAGUCGUCAAAAAUAUCCUUGCACCACAUGACGAAUUUGAACUGGAAGCCGGGCCAAGGAAGCUUGGCAUCGAUGGCUCUGAAGAGUUCAAUGGCUGCGCAGCCGAAUUAGAACUAGAUGCGUAUGGGUUCAAGGCAUACGUUCCCAAAGACCGCUGGGUAGCUCCUCUACCAAUGGUUACCAACUUCCUACCUGGACACGAUACUAGGAUUCUAUCAACUGUCCGGCCAAAUGAAACCGAAACCGUUGAUAUCGAGCUGCAUUUUUCAGAAAUCAUGGACUGCAACCACAUUACAUCCAAUUUAUUAAUUUCCUCCACAACAAUAAACAACAUCUCUGCUCAACUCGACCAAAACAAAAUUUCGUGCGCAGUGCUUCCAACACCAGACAUCCCACUGUAUGUCGGAGGAAUUCCUUCCACAUGGGCAUGGAAGGCAACGUUGCUGAACGUCUCGAAUGGAAUACAAUCUAUUACAGUCCAGAAUGCAACCACACUUAGACACCAAAGCUUCACUAAUUCCAAAGACCGCUUCCUCUUCCGCAUCGGCCAAGAGAACAAUCCCAUGGUUUUCCCACCCCUCGCGAACUACAGCCGGGAGAUACUAUUCAGGAAUCAAAGUUCGGAAGAUCUCUACGUGUCCCACAAAGCGGCCGGUGCUGACAAGUUUCGUUAUUCCCUGAAUUGGGCGAGUUCAUGGAGUGCUUGGGAAGAUUAUGGUGGUGGGAAUACAACAUUAGUACCGCAACCAUGGUCUGGAACAAAAAGGCAGUAUUGGGAUGGCGAGCAUGUCACCUUGCAAUACUGGAGUCGGCUCACUGGUAGCAGUGACCAUGUCCAGCAUGCGGAUCUCAGCAGCAUGGAGAAGACGUAUUCGCAGCCUCGACGAUAUCCCCACCUUUUUGCCGAAGGACCAUUCAACAAGUUUGGGUUUGAUCAAGGAUUAAAGAAUGAUUUCUAUCUCGAUCCACAUGACAGCAUUUGGAAGUUUUAUUUGAUGGCCGAAUGGCCAUCUACUCUACAAGUGAACGUGUGGGGAACUAAUCCCGACGGGCAGCUUGACCAAACAAUGGUAUUUGGGGAUAUUGACAAUGAUGGUGUAUUGGAUCGUAUGCUGCCAGAUUCCUUGGGAGAAGCCAUGAUCAACUUCGCGUCUCCUCCAACACCGUAUCUGGCCUUCCGGUUGGAGGUGAAUGAUGGCACGCUUGGCUUUCGGAGAGUUCCUGUUGGUAGCCACCGUACACAGAUCUUUGUAUACGUGCUUCUUUGGACGAUCCCCGUGUCGACCGGAAUGGUGAGCGUUUGGAUAUAUAUGAGUGCGUUCUACUCUGUUAAACUUAACGAAAGCGGGGUGGAUCAGAAGGAAGGUAUCACACUAUUCAGACACAGGAUAGAUUCCGAGAAGUUGGCCCAGAAAUAUCUGGGAGCUCCAAAUAAAGUUCUGUCAGCCGCUUCUAGAUUCCAAAGCUACUUAAGAUCAACUGUCGGACCUCCCGUGCCCACCAUGACAGAAGCGGGAAAGCAACGUACGAUUCUCAUCGCGACAAUGGAGUACGGGAUCGAAGAUUGGAAUAUCAAAAUUAAAAUCGGGGGUCUAGGAGUAUGGCAGACUCUGGUAGACCAGAACUUGAUAUGGGUCGUGCCUUGCGUGGGCGGGAUUGACUACCCGAUUGACCAGAAAGCUGAGCCUAUGCACAUAACGAUUCUUAGCAAUUCCUUCUCCGUUUUCGUCCAAUAUCAUAAGCUGAGGAACAUUACUUAUGUCCUGCUGGACGCUCCAAUCUUUAGGCAACAGGAUAACACGGGUGAUCUGAACUCUGCAAUCUACUACAGCACCUGGAAUGCCUGUAUUGCAGAAACCAUCAAGCGGUUUCCUAUUGACCUAUACCAUAUCAAUGAUUACCAUGGAGCAGCGGCCCCAUUGUAUCUGCUCCCCCAGAAACUUCCUGUUGUUCUCUCGCUUCACAAUGCAGACUUCCAGGUUGAGAUCAGCAAGGUUUUCAAUCUGGAUAUGGCGGUCAUCCAGAAGUACAUCCAGUUUGGAGAGAGCUUCAACCUCUUGCAUUCUGCUUCAAGUUAUUUGAGGGUCUACCAGGGAGGAUUGGGAGCUGUCGGAGUGUCGAGCAAAUACGGGAAACGGUCAUAUACCAGAUAUCCCAUCUUCUGGGGUUUGAAGCAAAUAGGCCGAUUGCCAAAUCCAGACCCGAGUGAUACAGAACCGUGGAAUCCAACAGAGGCGAAGCAGGUUAUAGAGGUUGGCCCCGCUUUUGAGUUCUGUCGAGGAGUACUUCGGCAGAAAGCCCAGGAGUGGGCGGGCCUAGAUCUUGAUCCCACUGCAGAGCUGUUUGUAUUUAUUGGUCGCUGGUCAAAACAAAAGGGGGUUGACUUGAUCGCCGAUGUCUUCCCAUCAGUGUUAGAAAGACACCCCAGGGCACAAUUGAUCUGUAUCGGGCCUACUGUCGACUUGUACGGCAAAUUCGCUGCUCUAAAAUUGGGCGAAAUUAUGAAGAUAUAUCCAGGACGGGUAUAUUCAAAGCCAGAAUACACUGCGGUGCCUCCCUUCAUUUUCAUGGGAGCGGAGUUUGCGUUGAUCCCAUCCCGAGACGAACCUUUUGGUCUUGUGGCAGUCGAAUUUGGUCGGAAAGGUGCCCUUGGUGUUGGAGCAAGAGUCGGUGGCUUGGGAUCAUUGCCUGGCUGGUGGUACACGGUCGAGUCAACGACGACCAAGCAUCUUCACCAACAAUUUAAGAAAUCGAUCGAAGAUGCUGUUGCAUCGAAAACAGAAAUGAGGGCGAUGAUGAGAGCACAAUCAGCGAUACAACGAUUUCCGGUGGCUAAAUGGGCGGAAGAGUUGGAUCAAAUUCAUAGCACCGUGAUGAGAACGAGCUGUGGAGAAAGACAGUUGAGACUUCGGUUACCUUCCCGAUUCUGCGCGCAUCCAGUCGUCCCAACUGUUUUCUCUGAGGUCGACUUUCACAGAGACCGAAGCGGUACCCGAUCAUCACCCAGUUCACUUACAGCCAACUCCCGAAGCAGAAGCAGGUCAAAUAGCGCAGAGUCGUCUGCAAACGGAUCUCCUAUUAGUGGCAGGCCGGGGAGACGAGUGGGAGCGACGAGUCUCCCCCCAGAGGGCCAUUUACAAUCACCAGGGACUAGGACAUUUUCAAUUCUCAGCUUUGACGAAGCGGUCGGAGACAGGAAAGAUUUCAACCUUCAGAAGACCGACCCAACGUUCAAGGAUACCGACGAAAAGUACUACCGUGCUUUUCAAAACAUGCUCCACAAGCUUGAUGGCAAAACGUCUGAAGGCCGUCUUUGCAUUGAAAAAUACCUCAUUGAGAGCGAGAUGGAAUGGAAUAAGAGGAGGCGGGAGGCCAAACGCGAUCGCGGACGUGCCUCGAAAGCUUCCAGCUCGGACGGCUCUAUAUACAUUGAACGGAGAGGAUCUUCGCUCGCAAGUUUGUUUGGAUGGACCCCGGCAGUGGAGUCAGAGUCCAGUACUUCGCACGAGCAGAUUUCCGAAUCCUCUACUGUCGUCAACGAGACCGAUGAGUUCAUGUUGGACGAUGACCACGACCAUGAAUCAUUCUUGAAGCGAUGGAUGGUGACGAAAGUCCUGGGCUGGCCAAUUUAUUCGCUCCUUCUCGUCUUUGGGCAGAUCAUUGCUGUUAACUCUUAUCAGAUCACUCUUUUCACGGGUAGUCUUGCAGACAGUGGAGAGGAAACGAGUGAAAAGUUAUAUAUUCUUGGCACUAUAUAUGUUGCGACCUCUUGCAUGUGGUGGCUCAUGUUUCGGUCUUUCAAAUCGAUUUUCGCACUUUCUUUACCAUUCUUCUUCUAUGGACUAUCUUUCCUUUUAAUUGGCAUAUUGGCGUCAUUGCCCGGUGGUGUUCGUCGGGACUGGAUGGCGAGAGCUGCCACCGGCGUGUAUGUGACCGCUUCUUCGAGUGGAUCGCUUUUCACCGCACUCAAUUUUGGUGCCGAAGGAGGGGCAACUGUCAAGUCUUGGGUUUAUCGGGCUUCAAUCAUUCAAGGAACACAACAAAUACUUCUGGCCGCUUUGUUCUACUGGGCCCGUACCGCGUCCUCAUCAAUAAGGGAGAACGCAAAUGCUACUUCAACGAAAUUGACUGCCAUCGCGCUCCCAAUAUCGGCACUUCUUUGGUUCGUCGGGAUAGCCCUCUCCUUGUCUCUUCCACCCUACUAUCGCCAAAGACCUGGCAAAAUUCCUGCUUUCUACACUGCCCUCCUUCGUCGACCAAUUACGGCCUGGUUCUUCAUCACUGUCGUGAUGCAAAACUAUUUUCUCUCAAUGCCCUAUGGUAGGAACUGGACUUAUCUGUGGAGUUCAAAAUACGCACCAACCUGGACUAUAGUUCUCUUGAUCGUCUUGUUCUUCAUCAUCCUGUGGAUGCUCGCCCAUCCCUGGAUUAUGCCCAUCUUUGCUAUAGGCCUAGGUGCUCCACGCUGGGCACAAAUGCUUUGGGGAACAUCGUCAUUCGGACUCUGGCUUCCAUGGUUUGUUGGUGGGCCAGUGGGAGGUGCUUUGGGAGGUCGAGCAGUAUGGCUCUGGUUGGGAAUCCUAGAUUCACUCCAGGGCGUGGGUCUCGGUAUGAUGCUCUUGCAAACGUUAACGAGGACCCAUUUUGCUGGGACAAUAAUGAUGGCCCAGAUUCUAGGCACAUUGGUCAUGAUGUUGGCGAAAGCGACAGCACCGACUAGGGACGGGCCUGGCGAUGUGUUUCCGGACUUUUCGGCAGGAGUGGGAACAUCAUUGCAUGGGAAUUAUUGGUUUUGGGUCUGA